AUGUUGCUCAAAUUUAGCAAGGCUUGGCACCAGAUUUUUGCAUUUGGUAUUGGGUUUUUUACUGUGCAGAUAAUAGUAAUUGUUAAAGAAAUUGCAGUGGCUCCAUUUAAUGGUGUAUCGAAAGAAUGGUUAGAGAUAGAAGAAAAAGAUGGAACCAAUAUUUGUAAUGAAAAAAAACUUCAACAACUUUUAGAGCAAAACAAUAGAUAUAUUUGUGGUGAUGUGGGUCCAUGA